UCUUCCUUCUAUAAAUUCCUUUCCCUCAACACGCAAAGUCCCCUCUUCUCUUCUCUUCUUCUCUUCUUUGAUCAUUUUUGAGUUUUUUCUUCAAUCAAGAUCCAAACUUUCCUCUCAGAUCCAUCUGGGUUUUCAAAAUUUUCCUCUAAAAUCUCUUAUUUUCCCUCAAACCCAGAAACUUCCCCUGUUUGUUUCCCGGGAAAAUUUUCUCUCUCAUCUGGGAUUUCGCUCUGUUCUUAACUUUCCCAGCUUUUUUCAAAAAACCCACUUCAAAAAAAGCUUCCCAUACAACAACUUAACAAAAAAACAAAAAAUCUAAUCUUAAUGCUCAAUAUAGUUUUCUUGAUGUUUGAGAUUCAUGUCUGCAAUUCUCAGUGAAAACCUUCUCUUUGAGUGUAUGAUAAAUUCCACAUUCAGACGCAGGACCCAGUUGGUUCAAUCUUUCUCAGUUGUUUUCCUUUACUGGCUUUACUACGUUUCAUGAUUUAAACAUCUUUCUCAUCACCCCAAUUUUAAUUAUUUUCCUAAUUUUAUAUAUAUAAUAUAUAAUAAUAAAGUCUCUGUUUUUAUUUUCUUUUUUGAGUUUUUAUUUUCUUUUUCACCAUCUGGGUCCCUGCUAUAAUAAUUAAUCCAAUAUUAUUAUCAAUAAUUUUCUCACAACAAUGGCUUCAUCAAGUGGAACAUCAUCAGGUUCGUUUCAAAACUCAGGUUCAGAAGAAGAUUUACAGGCUUUAAUGGAUCAAAGAAAGAGAAAAAGAAUGUUAUCAAACAGAGAAUCUGCAAGAAGAUCAAGGAUGAGGAAACAAAAGCAUUUAGAUGAUCUAACGGCUCAGGUUUCACAGCUUAGAAAAGAGAAUCAUCAGAUCAUGACAAGUGUCAACAUCACAACACAACACUAUCUCAACGUUGAGUCUGAGAAUUCAAUCCUCAGAGCCCAAAUGAGUGAACUCACUCAUAGACUUCAGUCGUUGGAUGAGAUUAUUAACUUUCUAAACGCAACUAAUAAUGCUGUCGUUUUGGGUGGAGGAAGUGGAUCCAACGGUGGAGAUCAUUUCAUGACUGGUGGGACUUGUUUCGGUACGGUUGAGCCUAUGGAAAGUUUUCUGAACCCUUUGAAUUUUUCAACCAUGAACCAACCUAUUAUGGCUUCUGCAGAUGUUUUUAAUCAGUACUAAAUUACUAAUUAUUGAUUAAUGGAGUAGUCCAUAAUGGGUUUAAUUUUCUGGGAUUUUCCAUGGUUGAGAACUUUAGAAGAGAGAAAAAAAAAAAGAAAUAUUGGGUUUAAUAUAUAUAUAUAUUAUAAAUAAUUUAAGGAAUAAAUUAAAGAGUGUUGUUUGUUUGUUGUAAUAUUAUUAUAUAUAAUUAAUAUUACGAGUCUUGUUUAAUUAAUAAUUAUAAUUAGUGGGGUUUAAUUUUUAUUAUGUGCUAAUAUUGUUGUAAAAGGGGGUUUUAUUAUGUUGUUUUGUUUUAAUUAAUGGAAAUUAUCAUUGUAUUUUGUAGCCAA